AUGCCGAAGGAGAAAGUUGAAGGGCUGAGGGAUGAUUUGACAUCUCGCCCUACCCUACUAUUAGUCUUCCGGCAGGGAGACGCGACAACGAGAACGACAAGAACCAAGGGUGUCUUUUUGGCAGACACAAUCAGCAUAAGCUCCCAAGUGCUCUCCUCCGAUCCGCCCGCUCACCCGCCCGCUCCGUGUGGGAGGUUGUCUCGUCGUAGUGUCAUGCCGACCAAUCUCGCAGCUUCUCGGCCGUGUCGUCUCUACUCCUCCGUCAAGAAGCGAAACGCCCAAGCGGGGACACCGCGGACUGGAAAAGAACGCACGGCGCAGUUCCUGCCCAGUCAGUGGGAAACGGUACCCGUUGCGGUCGUUGCGGUGGGCACGUAUGGUUGUGUGCGGAUAGACUCUGAGCCCUGGCCUGUUCGGUUUUGCUGCCUUGCUAUUGCUGCUGCUGCGGCUGCCCAGCUGGUCGGUGUGUUGGCCACAGCGGACGGGGACCGGGGCCGAUGA